AUGGAACAUCACCAUCACCAUCACCAUCACCAUCACCACCCUUUGUGUUUUCAUCAUCCUCAUCAUCGUCAUUAUCGUUGUCAACCGUGA